CUGACCGAGUUCGCAACACUCAUCAACCGGCUGCAGUCGCGAGAGCGGUGAAUGAGCGACCCCGACUAGCGAUUCGCACACUUUGCCAGCUGCCGCUGCUGCCAACACACAAUUGAAAUCAACGCGCCGCGAAUCGGCUUUUCGCAUUACAACAGAGGAAGCUCGAACACUUUCGAAUGACCAUGGCUGCAGCAUCAUCCUCGGCGCAGGACGACGCACUCAAAUAUUUGCACGCCCCUUCGGACAUGCGACACUGUCGAGGGGUGUUGUCGGACAAGGUGGCCAUCUUCAACGGACACGCACAGACGCACCUGGCCGGACAGGCGCGCAACCCGUUCAGCGGACACGCGGCCGACGGGAAGCCGGUGCUGGACACGAAAGACGCAAAUUACGGCAGACCUGUCGAGGGAUCAAAAACUGACCAGCGGGGCAAGAAAGCGAUGCAGCACGUGGCCAAGGAAAUGCUCGAGUUGUGCGAGAUCAUCAACGAGUACGGCCAGAUGGUGCCUGCCAGCGACGAAAUCAAAUUCAUCCGCUUCGGCGAGCUCUUCAAUAUUUACACCAUCAUUUCUGACAAGGUUGUGGGCUUGUUGCUCAGAGCCCGAAAACACUGUUUCGUCGAUUUCGAGGGCGAGGUUUUAUUCCAGAGGAGAGACGACGACGUUCCUGUUUUGUUGAUCAAACCCAUCCAGGAGAUCAGAACGAUAUUCAAGAGUGGAGAGGCUCUCAACCACGGGACCAACAGCUACGCUGCGGUCAGCAAAAGAUGAUAAUCAUCCAGACACGUUUCUCAAUAUUUCCAUGAACGAGGGUGUGAAAUUGUCGACUUUUUUUAGAGAGAGAAAGAGAGAGAAUGGCGGGGAGAAAUCAUUCAUAUACGUUGGUUAAUUAUUGUACAUAUUUCAGAGCUUAACUGUUGUUCUCAGAAUUUCUGCAUCUUAAACUCUAUUUUACUUUAUUUUGACUAGAAUGUAAUAAUUAUUUAAUUGUUAAACGUUUAGUUAAUGCGAUGCUGACAGUGAAAUUGUGUAUUAUUUUUGUCAAUCAGAAGAGAUGGAAUUCUUGUGACCGCAUAAUAAUAUUUUAAUUAAAAAUAGAUUUGGAAAAAUG